CCGCAAUUUUUUUAAGGAAAAGACAACGGCAACUUUGGGCACUUGGCCAUGGAGGUCAGCAUCCGACGUCUGGAAAUACAGUACUGUAGGGACAGGCACAACCCUCUCACUCGAGGAGAUCUACUUAAACCUACGGCGGGAAGGCGUUGUCUCUUUCAGUUUCCACCAGUACAACGACCGACUGCAUCACUCGGCUUUUUUUCCACUUCCAACCACCCACCAAUGACAAAGGAAACACUUCCCUCGUACCAAGACGUCGAAGCGAUUUCGCUCCACAGCGCCGGCGGGAGAGCUUCACCUGCGUCCGCAUCACACGCUCCUGCAGUUCCUUCCCGUCCCGAUCCCCCGUUUAACCCGGCACCAGCACCGGUACCCCGCCUCAUCCCGGUUCAAAUCAAAAUCAACGGCGGCCCCGACCUGAAGUUCGUCAACCGGAGCCAAAUCUCCAGUGUGCAAAACGACCGUCGAAUCAGCAUGCCAACCGUCGGCUACCACGGCGCCAUGUGCUUAAUCCCCAAGGGCCUCACCUUCCACCAGUUCGUUCCGCGCUACCUCCCCUCCUUCCGCAUCCUACCGCUCGCAACCCCGCCUGUUAACGGCAUCCCACGAGUUGUGGCUGUCAACCCGGAGCUGGUUGUGCAGAUAAGCACGGACACGAUUGAGCCGGCCACUUGCACGGUUGUCGAGGUGGAGGGCGCGCUGUACUACGAGCACAAUUCGAUCCUGCCUGAUGAUGUCCGGAAGAAGAAUACUAAGCUUGUUGUGAGGUUGAAGAUGGCGGAAGUGAUCAAGAUUUUGGAUCCGGCUGCGUUCGCGUAUUCCGUGAAUGACUUUGUGGACUCGGGGUUGGGCGGUGGGCAGUUCCUGACGGAUGCACUUGUAUAGUGACUGGAGUGGAGUUAUGGAAGGCACGCUCUGGGAGCAAUGUUCAAUUGGACACGGCGUACUGUACUUUUUGGGUGUAGUAAUAGACUAGAUAAUGAAAUUCAGAUGCCUCUGUUGUAUUUUGUGCGUACCGUAGGCUGAAUAUUCGAGCAGGACUUUGGUGGUUCCGGAGACAUGCUAACAAAUAGAGGGUCAGACGGGUAUGCCAUCGCAAUUCAUAGCCCGUGCGGGUGGUGGAUGGACAUGGCACGGGUAAUAACAUGGCGCUCGCCC